GGCUGGGGAAUCGGAAGGGAAAGACGCUGGGUGAGUCCCAUGCAGGUGUUGGGCUGAGGCAGGGCUGGAAGAGGGGGCGCAUCUCUCUCUGUCGCAGUUAAUUCACCCCGUACUCCUGCCCCUCUACACCCGGGAUGGCUUCCGAGAGCGGCGCUGAGAAGGGGCCUCCGACUACCCCGGCGGAGAAUGGGCAGCCUGGAGUCCCUAUUGCAGCCGCAGUGGCAGCCGACGAGCAGGGAAUGAUCAGCGUGGAUAUCGCGGGGCUUUUCUAUCAGUUCUCCAAGACUUUUAUCCUCAUCUUCCCCGUGUACGUGCUGGGAUACUUCGGCUUGAGCUUCAGCUGGCUGCUCAUCGCUCUGGUGCUGCUGCUCUGGUGGCGGAGGAAUAAAGGCAACAAGAACUCGCGGCUGUACCGGGCUCUCGCCUUCCUGGAGACCGAGGAGAAGUCCGUCAAGCACCACAUCGCCUCCAUCGACCUGCCUGCCUGGGUACACUUCCCAGAUAUCGAGAGAGCAGAAUGGCUCAACAAAACUGUGAAGCAUAUGUGGCCUUACAUCUGCCAGUUCAUAGAGAAGCUAUUCCGAGAGACCAUAGAGCCCGCUGUGCGGGGUGCAAACGCCCAUCUGAGCACCUUCAGUUUUACAAAGAUUGACAUGGGAUCACAGCCCCUGAGGAUCAAUGGUGUCAAAGUUUACACUGAAAAUGUGGACAAGAGACAGAUUAUUUUGGAUCUGCAGAUAAGUUUUGUUGGAGAAACGGAGAUUGAUUUGGAAGUGAAGAGGUACUUCUGCAGAGCUGGCGUGAAAAGUAUCCAGCUUCACGGCACAAUGAGGGUUAUACUGGAGCCUUUGAUUGGAGACGUACCAAUAGUUGGAGCCCUGUCUAUAUUUUUCCUUAGGAAACCGCUCCUAGAGAUCAACUGGACGGGACUCACCAACAUGCUGGACAUGCCAGGACUCAACGGCCUGUCGGACACAAUUAUACUGGAUAUCAUAUCAAACUACCUGGUACUUCCCAACCGUAUCACGGUUCCUCUCGUCAGUGACGUGCAAAUUGCUCAGUUACGCUUCCCAAUACCAAAGGGUGUCCUGCGGAUACAUUUUCUAGAAGCUCAGGAUCUAAUGUGGAAAGAUACCUACAUGAAAGGUCUGGUCAAAGGCAAGUCAGACCCAUACGGUGUUGUCCGACUUGGCAAUCAGGUUUUCCAGAGCAAAGUCAUCAAAGAGAACCUCAACCCUAAGUGGAACGAAGUUUAUGAGGCUUUGGUACAUGAGCAUCCGGGGCAGGAACUGGAGAUUGAGCUCUUUGAUGAGGACACAGAUAAAGAUGACUUUUUGGGCAGCCUCUUGAUUGAUCUAGUGGAAGUAGAAAAGGAAAGAAUGGUAGAUGAGUGGUUCACUCUAGAUGAGGCCACCAGUGGAAAGCUUCAUCUGAAACUGGAGUGGCUUACACCAAAUUCUACUACAGAGAACCUUGACCAGGUGCUGAAGAGCAUCAAAGCCGACAAGGACCAGGCUAACGAUGGCCUCUCGGCUGCCCUGCUCAUUCUCUACUUGGAUUCCGCUAGGAGUUUGCCUAAUAAUCCAUUAGAAAUUAACCACGACGGCAUGAAGAAGGCUGCUGUUGAAAAGGCUAAAAAGGCUGGAAAGAAAAUCGGCAGCAGCCCCAAUCCCUAUGUGCUGUUCUCUGUGGGUCAUACAGUGCAGGAAAGCAAGGUUAAGUACAAGACGGCGGAACCAGUAUGGGAGCAGACUUUCACGUUCUUCGUCCACAAUCCUAAAAGACAGGACCUUGAAGUGGAGGUUAAAGAUGAGAACCAUCAAAAUUCUAUGGGCAAUAUAAAAAUUCCACUGAGCCAGAUACUUGCUAGUGAAGACCUCACUUUGAACCAAAGGUUCCACCUUAAUAACUCCGGGCCCAACAGUAGUCUUAAAAUGAAGAUCGCACUAAGGAUCCUCCACGUAGAGAAGCCUGUACGUUCUCCUGACGAGCAGCACACAUCCCAAGUCAAGAGGCCUUCCAUAUUCAAAGGGAAGCAGCCACCAACACCCCAAAUGCCUGCACCUUCACCUGCAGUAGCUCACAAACCUCCGCCGACACCCAAAUUAGAGACAAAUAAGAAACUUGAAAAUGGAAAUAAAAGCAGCACGCCCAGUGCCAGCCCCAAGAGGCCGACAGAACUACACAAAAGCUCUUCAAGCCUCUCAGGUUCCAGUUUUACCUACUCACCCCCACACCUACCCACAAAAGAGCCCACGCCUAGCAUCGCUUCAGACAUAUCAUUGCCAGUUGCUACACAGGAACUCCGGGAAAGGCUGCGGCAACUGCAGAAUGGAACAACGCUGGGUCAGUCACCCCUAGGACAAAUCCAGUUAACGAUCCGCCAUAGUUCUCAAAGGAAUAAACUGAUGGUUGUAGUACAUUCCUGUAGGAACCUGAUCGCUUUUUCAGAGGAGGGCUCAGAUCCUUAUGUCCGAAUAUAUUUAUUGCCAGACAAGAGGAGGUCCGGAAGAAGAAAAACCCACGUACAUAAGAGAACAUUGAAUCCAAUAUAUGAUCAAACGUUUGAAUUCAGCGUUUCGCUGGCUGACCUGCAAAGAAGAACGCUGGACGUUGCGGUGAAAAACGGCGGGGGAUUCUUGUUCAGGGAGAAGGGACUUCUAGGGAAGUUGUUGCUGGAGAUCAACACAGAGGACGCAGCAAAAGGAUGGACACAGUGGUUCGAUUUAACAGAAGAUGGAACGAGAGCUGCUGCUUCCAGUUAGGCCCCCAGUCUCCUCCAGAACUAUCCCCAGUCUCUGUACUUGCAGAAGGCGUCGGGCUGACAGAAUGUGUCAAUGUUAUUUUUAUAAAUCCGUGUAUUUCAUUGCUUCACACCACAUUUGUUUGCCUCCCCCCCCUUUUUUUUUAAUGUGUACUUAUGUUUUUUAAAAACCUUUUUUUACAUUAUUUGCAGACCUUGGCAAGGCCUCUUAUUAAGCUGAAUUGUGGCACAAUCAUACCAUGUGAUUAAUCAUGUGCAAUAGGGCCUUCUCAAUGCAUUACCUAAUUGGGAAACCGACAGUUGCUUUUACAAGAUGGGAAAUACGUUUUAGUCGAGUUAGUUGCCGAGUUGUAUAGCAUCACUGUACUCCCUGUAAAUAUGUACUAUUCUCUUUUGUAAUUCUUUUCUUUUUUUUUUUUGUUGCCUCUGCGUCAAUUGGUAUUUUAAUUGUUGUUGUAUUUAGUUGUGUGUGUCCCAGUGAAGCAGCCCCUACAUUGGAGGAGACUGGGCUGGUGAAAUAUGACAAUUGUAACGGUGUCUGAGAUCCAAAACAGCAGCCUAUUACAACCUGCAACAUUUAAAGGGCAAUUAAACCCCUCUAACUACAGUAUGAAUGUAUGCCGUUGAAUGUAAUGUAGCCGAGAGCUCUAUGCAAUGUCUGUAUAACUGUUAGCAGUUCUGCCAAAUUCAACUAGGGAAUUAUCCUAACUCGAUUUGAGUUUUUUUUUAAAAAAAAAUUGAAUUUGAUUUUCGAGAUUUAUCAUACUCUGGUACUUUAAUAAUUCAAAGUCGACUAUUCACCACCUUAAACCUACCGAAUUACUGUUUAAGUGAAUGGGAGAUGUCCCGGGAUCAAUUUGGAGAUGUUUGCAGCCUUCCUGACAUUUGUUUUUUUUCGGCAAAAAAAAACUCAAAUUGAGUUUGAUCGAAUUCGAUUCAAGUUUAAAAGGAGAAGGAAAGCUAUGAAGGCAUUUUAUUGCCAAUAGAUUAGCCGCAAUAGUGCAAGCUAGAAUACUAUAUUUAUUCUGUAAAAUAUUUUACCAAAAAUAAAAAGCUGUAGAAAGCUGUUUGUUUAGGAUAGCAGCUGCCAUAUUAACUUGUUGUGACAUCACUUCCUGCCUGAGUCUUUCCCUGCUCACUCAUAGCUCUGGGCUCAGAUUACAUACCUCCCAACUGUCCCUUUUUCGGAGGGACAGUCCCUCUUUUGACAGCUCAACCCGCAGUCCCUCAUUUGUACUGGAAAGUCCCUCUUUUCUCUGCACUGAACAGCCAGAAAAAGAAACAAAGUUUCUCACUUAAUUGGCUUUUAGCAGAGAGCCCAGAACAGCUAACAGGUGCAAAUCAGAUACUUUGUAACAAUUUUGAGACACAAAAACACAGUUUAGAUAAGGAGAAAUAUUUUCAAACUUUCAUAACCUGCCAAAUUUUGUAAAACAAACAUGGUAAUUAGGGGGUGUGGCCAUAGAAAGGGUGUGGUCAAAAAUUGCUGCGCUACAUGCGGAAAAAAUUUUUUUGUCCCUCUUUUUACUUCCAAAAUGUUGGGAGGUAUGAGAUUACAGCAGAGAAGGGGGGGGGAAGAGGAGCAAACUGAGCAUGCUCACGCCCGGGGCAAGGCGGUUUACGCUGAAAACAGGAAGUCUGAUACAGAAGCCCAUGUGUACACAAUAGAAGGAAAGAAAUUCUGUGUUUAUUUGACAGAGGACUCAGAGCAGCAUUACUUUGAGGGUUUACCGGUUUAUUUAGGUGGACCUUUCCGAUAAAGCUUAACUAAUUUUAACCUUUCCUUCUCCUUUAAAUUCGUCCGAGUUUUAAUCAUUUCAUUAUUUUAUUAAGAAAUUUCGCCAGGUCGAAUUUCUAAUUAAUUUGAAUUGAAUGGAGUUAAAUAAAAAAAAAAAAA